CAAGAAAAAAAGAGAAAAAAGAAGGGAGAUUCUGGAAACGCAAAGGCAAAAUCAUAGAAAUUAGAAAGAGGGGAAAUGUUUUUAUCAGUUUCGAGGAGUGUGUGAAGAGCGAAAACAACUCCUCUCUCUCCCCUGCCCGACUGCGUAAUAAUAAUAAAUUAAAAAAAAAAAACUGACAAGGAAAGCUUUUGUUUUGGUUUCUGAUUAGAAAUAGAAAGAACAACUAGAGGUGGCGCCGACGGCGGUAUGUUAGAACUCGCUGUAGCAGUAUAGAAAAUAGUGGAGUGGAGCAGCUAAUACGCUUCUGAAAUCGCUACUCCUCCGCUUCUCUGGUAAAAAAGUAAAUAAUUAAAUAAGGAAUGGGUGGAAUCGGCGUAAUAUCGGCACAAGAUUAUGAUGCAGCAGCAGCAGCUUCAACUUCAUUCAAGUUGAAGAGAAAGUCAGCAUUGGCUUCCAAGCUUAAAUCUUCCAUUUCCAAACAUCUCCGUCACUCUUACUCCCACGACCGCGUCCUUGCUGAGUAUAUUACAGUGCUUGUUUGUAAUGGGAAGAAUCAAGAGCAGGCCAGACACGACCUCGAAGCAUUUCUUGGUCAAAGGACUCAGGAGUUUGUUUCUUGGUUAUGGGAUCUUCUUUUGAAAUAUGUCUAUCAGUCCAACAAGGAUAUUUGUUUAUUAUCAGAUGCAAAGAAUGUCAAUAUCACCACUCCAUGCGCUAAGGAUUCCAAGAUCAACAAAUUGAAGGGCUUUCAGAGUCAUGGCCAUGAUAGUAGCACUAUGGAUGCUUUUGUGAUCAAAGAUGAUCAGAUGCGCCAGUUGCCAACUACUUCUGAUCCUAACUUCUGUAACGUCAAUCACGGUCAACUUGCUGAAGACUUUGAAAAAGUUCAAAGUUUUUCUUCUCCAUCAUCUGAGAUCAAUUCAAAAAAAGUAUUGUCACGGUCUUGCAAGACUGAGCGUCACGGAAAGAUUGGUGCUUCUGAGAAUGUUCUUUAUAAUUCCUUGGCAAAUGAAUCUUUGAGGAAAGAAAGCUCUUCCAAUGCAAAGCAAAAUUCUCAGUGUAUUGAUAAAGCAACGAAGCAGAUCGUCCAUAGUAGCUGCAACAUGCUAUUUAAUCAGCUUAUACCCAGAAGGGAACCAGCUUUUAGAAAUCCACAACCCUCCACAUCAGGUGCCACAUAUGCAGCCAAUUUAUAUGCCAUCUUGUAUGCAAUAACUGGAUGAUCUGUGGUUGACAUGAACAGUAGGAAGAUAGCUCAGAUUACUGUGCUGAUAUUUGCAUUCAUUGUGAUCAUGCAAAAUGCGUAAAUGUUUAAUCUUUCAUGCUUUUACGUUUUCUUGCUCAUCGGUGAAAUGUGUUUAAAUGCAUGAUCACUUUCUUCAUCUACUAUGUUCAUGUGUGGACAAUU